AUGGAGGACGGUGAUGAAGACGGGUGGUCCGCGUCGCAGGCGCAAACGCUCAAGUACAUCUGCGGCGUAUCGAACAUCCUGUCGGCGCUCGGGUGUGGUUUCAUCGUCUACUGCUUCCUCGUUAUCCAGCAAGAGCGACGCAACUACUUCCAACGCCUCGUCUUCUAUCUCUCCAUCGUCGAUCUCUUCAACGCCAUCGAAUGGCUCGUCACGUUAGGCAUAAUGGACGAGUCGGACUACGUGUGCCGCAUCCUCGGCCCCUACAAGAAAUACCUCUACCUCGCGUCCUUCUUUUGGACCGCCUUCAUCGCUACCGAGAUGCUGUAUCGCUUCACCCACAUCAAAUUUUCGCAUUUCGGCGACGUCCUCAUUCCCCAGCACUCCAAUUUCAAAGAGCGAUACUACCACCUCAUCGCCUGGGUCGUGCCUCUGCCCUUCGUCGUGUGGCCACUCGUCGACGGCUCCAUGUCGAACGGCGCUUACAGUUGCUGGUACUCAGACCCGCAAGAGGUGUGGAGCUUCGUGUUCCUCGGGAUGGUGGUGCUCACCGUGCUCUACUGUAUAAUCAUCUACGCCUUCGUCACGCGACGCUACUUCCAAAUGCUCAAACUCUCCGCCAUCUACAACACUGAACAAGGACGAGCAUUUAAGCUGGAGACCAAGGUGCCGGCUUACAUUCUUUCGUUUAUCCUCUGCUGGGGCCCGGCGCUGGCCACGAACGUCUACGAAGCCAUCGACUCCUCGCCAACUCAGCCUCGCUUUUAUUUUGAGUGCAUGACGGCAUUCCUGCUUCCCUUGACCGGGUGGCUCAACUCGAUCGUCUACGGGUGGAGCAAGGAACUGCACGAGCAGCUGUUCGCGCAUUUGCGAUCCGUGUUCUGUUCGUGCUGCCGACGAUCCAGGAAGAGCGACGGCACCUCAAAACCAAGCCAAGUCACCCAAGACCAGAAGACACUGUACAGCUCGGCGACGAAUGACGUGGUCAGGUGA